AUGCAGAGCCACAAACGGCAGCAGCAGCAGCAGCAGCAGCAGCAGCAGCAGCCAGUGCGCCGUCUCCUUGCUGCUGGGUCUCUUUGCUAUGCAACGCAGCAGCAGCAGCAGCAGCAGCAGCAGCAGCAGCAAGCGGGUGGCACAGCGCUGCGAGCUGCGGGGCCGCCCACGGGGGCCCCCGUGGGGCCCCCCACGGGGGCCCCCCUGGGGCCCCCCAUGGGGGCCCCCCUGGGGCCCUCCUUUGGGGGCCCCCUGGGGGCCCCCGUGCCUCUGUGGGGUUCUGGAGAAGUGGAGGGUUUGGAGUGUAUGUACAGCUGGGUGCAGCAGCAGGUGCAGCAGCAGCAGCCGCCGCAGGACGACGGAGUGCUGCAGCAGCUGCUGGCUGCCAGCAGCAAAAGGGACUUUGUUGCUGCCUUGUGUCUUGCUGCUCGCAGCAGCUACCUGCAGCAGCUGCAGCGGCCAGUGUCUCCUUUUGACUUGAGGCCCUGGCUGCAGCAGGAGCUGCAGCAGGAAGAAGCUCGUUUGGGGGCCCUUUGCCGCCAGCUGCAGCAGCAGCAGCAGCAGCUGCAGCAGCUGCAGCAGCAGCUGCAGCAGCUGCGGCGCCGCGCCGCGGCGCCCGGCGGCGCCACCGCCAGCGCGCAGCAGCAGCAGCAGCAGCAGCAGCAGCAGCUUCUGCAGCAGCAGCAGCAGCUGCAGCAGCAGCUGCAGCAGCUGAGGGACCGAAGGGUGGGCCAUGUGCAGCAAGUGCAGUUUCUGAAGGAAAAGAUUCAUGCUGCAACAGUGCUGCUGCUGCAGCGGCAGCCGCCGCUGCUGCUGCUGCAGCUGCUGCAGGCAGCAGCAAAGAACGCGCAGCAGCCGCCGCACAAGGGCACGGGCCCUGCUGCUGCAGCGGCGGCAGCAGCAGCAGCAGCAGCAGGCAGCGCGCUGGCAGCAGCAGACCCGCUGGCAGCAACUCUAGCAGCAACGGAAGCAGCAGACUUCCCCCUCACUGUCCCUCCUGCUGCAGUGACGCAGCAGCAGCAGCAGCAGCUGCAGCAAUUCAGCUUAGAGCCCCACUGGCUGCUGGGCAAAGGCCUGGGGGCCCUGCUGCGGCCCCGGGGCCUCGGGGGGCCCCCCAGCGAGCUGGCAGCAUUUGCUGCUGCUGGCUGGGCAGCAGACAUGGCCCCGCUGCAGCAGCUGCCGCAGGAGACUGCAGCAGCAGCAGCAGCACGCCGCCUCCAGGCAGCAGCUGUGAGGAUGUUUGCUGCUGCUGACCCCCGCGAGUCCCCGCUGCAGUUCAAGCAGCGCAUGCAGCAGCUGCUGCAGCAGGCGCAGGAGCAGCAGCUGCUGCAGGACCAGCAGCCCGAGCUGCAGCACCUGCUGCUGCAGCAGCAAGCCCUCAAGGCCCAGCUGCCUGUCUCCGUGCGGCAGCUGCUGAGCCGCUACGCCCAUAUGUCUCCGAAGGACUUUUCCCUCAAAGGCUCCAUUGCAGAGAACGCCGAGCUGGUGCAGAGAGCUGUAGGAGAUCUGCAUUCCUUUUUCCACCGGCAGUCGGUUGCUGCUGCUCGUCGCUUGGCGCGGGGCAUCGAGCAGCAGCAGCAGCAGCAGCAGCAGCAGCAGCAGCAGCAGCAAGUGUCCGUCAGCCGCCAGUUCGGGGGCGCUGAGACAGACCCUGUGCAGCUGUGGAUCGACGCAGUCCACGAAGAGCUGCGGAGGAGACAGCAGCAGCAGCAAGAAGAGACACUCGAGACAGCAGUGCAAAUCGCCAAAAGGAGGCUAGCCCAGCUCAGCAGCAGCAGCAGCAGCAGCAGCAGCAGCAAGAGCAAGAGCAGCAGCAGCAGCAGCAGCGGCGGCAGCAGCAGCAGCAGCAGCAGCAGCGGCGGCAGCAGCAGCAGCAGCGGCAGCAGUAGCAGCAGCAGCGGCAGCAGCAGCAGCAGCAGCAGCAGCAGCAGCAGCAGCAGAAAGAGGCGGCGGCGGGGCACGUUUAUGCGUCACCGUUUGCUGCAGCUGAGGGCCAUUAAAGCAGCAAUUGAAGAAGCAGAAGCAAUCCAUGCAACAGAGCAGUACCAGCAGCUGCUGGCAGCAACAGGCGAGGACACAGCAGCAGCAGCAGAGGAGACAGCAGCAGCAGCAGCAGCAGCAGCAGCAGACGGGACGGGAGCAGCAGCAGAGACGAAGACAGCAGCAGCAGAGACGAAGACAGCAGCAGCAGAGGCGGCAGCAGCAGCCGCGCCAGAGGGAACUGCAGCAGCAGCAGCAGCAGCAGCAGCAGAGGCAAAGAGAGCAGCAGCAGAGAAAAAAACAGCAGCAGCAGCAGCAGCAGCAGCAGCAGCAGCAGGAAAGUUGGGGGGGGAGAAGGGAGGCGUUGCUGCUGCAGCAGAUUUGCUGGAGCGUCGGCGGCGAGCUGCUGCAGCAACGAUAGAGCGAGCGGGGGCGGCGCUGGCAGCAGCAGCAGCAGAGCGGCUGGGGCCCGCAGCAGCAGCAGCAGCAGCAGCAGCAGCAGCAGGCUGCUGCGUCUACCCCGGGCUGCUGGUGAAAGGCCAAGUGCAGCGCGUGCUGCAGCAAGCAGCAAUAAUAGACAUCGGAGUGAGCAUGGACGCUUUGCUGCUGGCAGCAGACGUGUGGCUGCCGCUGGAGCGCUGCUGCAGCAGCAGCAGCAGCAGCAGCAGCAGCAGCAGCAGCAGCAGCAGGAACCUGCGGCUGCUGCUGCAGCAAGGAGACACAAUCCACUGCGUCGUCUCCAAAGUCAGCAGCAAAUCGCUCAGAGUCUCUUUGCUGCCGCUGCGCCAAGUUGCUGCUUGGGGCACUUUGAUGCGCGCAGCCCAAACCCGAGAGACUCUCCCCGCCCUCACGCAGCAGAUCAUCCCCGGGCGCUAG